ACGGAAGUCGUUCAGUCAAGAUGGCGGCGCCCUUGACGGGCGUGUUUUGAUUUCGGUCCUCUGUCAAACAUGAGCGAUAGGAUAAAUUGAAAGCGGAUCAUGGAGCGACGAGAGUUCCUCGCGUCCCUUGUGGCUGGAGGGUGUGCCGGAAUAUGCGUGGAUCUCACCCUUUUCCCCCUGGACACCAUUAAGACCAGACUGCAGAGCCAGGGAGGCUUCUACAGGGCUGGGGGCUUCAGGGGCAUCUAUGCAGGGGUCCCAUCUGCUGCACUCGGCUCGUUUCCUACUGCGGCUGCCUUUUUUGUCACCUACGACUGUGCAAAGUCCCUCCUUGGUUCUGGUGGAGUGCUAAAAGAACCGUCAGUGGCUCCAGUCUCACACAUGCUUGCUGCCUCCUUGGGUGAAAUGGUUGCGUGUCUGAUCCGGGUGCCAACAGAGGUAGUAAAGCAGAGGACACAAACGUCUCCUUCAUCCAGCACAUACCACAUGCUUAAAGUUGUACUCAGGGAAGAGGGUGUUCGAGGCUUGUACAGAGGAUUUGGGAGUACAGUUCUCAGAGAGAUUCCGUUCUCUCUGGUGCAGUUUCCACUUUGGGAGUAUUUAAAGACUCAGUGGUCACAGAGGCGAGGUCACACGCUCCACUCUUGGCAGGCUGCACUGUGCGGAGCUUUUGCAGGUGCGGUGGCGGCACUUGUUACCACUCCUCUCGAUGUUGCAAAGACUAGGAUAAUGCUCGCAAAGGCUGGGUCAACCACGGCGAGCGGCAACAUCCCACUGGUGCUUUGUGACGUGUGGAAGAGUCGAGGGCUUACUGGGCUGUUUGCAGGCAGCGUACCGAGGAUGACCUUCAUCAGCGUGGGCGGUUUCAUUUUCCUGGGAGCCUACGAGAAAGCCCGCCGGACUUUGUUGUCGUGAGCACGACCUCGACGUCUACUACUGUUCCCAUCCGCAAACCACAGGCGGAGUAGCGAAGAAGGCGUCUGUGGACGUAGCACCCAGGGGCUUCCAUGCUGCAAAGAACUGGUGUCGGCAAGAAGCUGGUGGAACACCCAAGCAGUGGUUAAAAGUCACUUUUUUUUUUUUUUUUUUUAACAACAAAUGUGCAUGUACGUGAGAAGCCUGGUGAUUUGUAGGCUUUGCACGAUCAGGAUUUUUGGGGCCCCUCACUGAUCAGCAAGUUGAAAAAAACGAUAACCGAUCACCGACCGAUCACAAGAUGGAGCAAUGUGUCUAUUUAAAUGACUUGUUCAUUUACUUAAUUGCUCAAAAAAUUAUAUUUACAAUAAAUAAUGUGUCUUUGUUCAUCUAUUUAUGCCAGUGAGGCAUAGUGACAGACAGAACAAAUAAAUGCUCUUCUAUUAGAUAGCAGGAAGUACAUACAGUAAUUAAUGUAUCCACUUUAUGUGACAUUUUUGUUUGUUGGUGUGCCGUGAGAGUUUUCAAUUGUAAAAUAUGUUCUUUGGCACCAUAAAGGAAAUCACUGCUCUCGGCAGGUCAUGUAUUCUAAUCAGUCAGGUCAAACCAACAUUACAACAUGACAGAAAUAAUGGGUACUAACCUACUGUAAUUAAAUUACGUUAUUGUAAUUACAUUACUUCACACACACCGGAACCUUAAAAGAUGAUUUGACAGACCGCCGGUACAACCGUUAGUUCUAGCACUAGCUUGCUAGGCUACAUAACGUUUUGUUGCCUGCUUGCGAGCCGUGUCGUAUUAAAAGUACGUGAACAUACCUCAAGCAAUCCUUGAAUUAAAGUCCUUCCCGAGCACCGGUGACCACCAACAUACGUUUUUUUCCCCCCAUUUUGUUCUUAUAAUAUACACAAAGAUUGUUCGAUUGUUGUUGUCUUGGCCAUGGUAACAAGUGUAUCCGGUCACGUUUGAGUUGACAAGAUAAAGCCCAGUGAUCGUAAAAGACGGGAUGCGGUGGUAUCGGAAAACAUGAUUUUAUUGCAGUAGUCUGACAUAGUGCAAUCCGAAAGAGCACAUUUGUCUUGUUGUCUGUCCCACACUUUAUUUAACUUUAAUUUUAUUUAACUUUAUUGGCAUUCAGAUAUUUACAGUACUAUGUCAAAAGAAACGCGACAAGACUAAAAAUAAACUAGCUGUUGGAUUCAAAUAUAUCGUACACAAUGGCGACGCGGCGCAAAUGUCUUUUGUGGAGUCAUUGAUCAGCGAAUUAUGACAAAAAAAUGCUCAUCGGCCGAUAUCGAUCAGGUCAAUAAGAUCGGUGUAAAGUCGAGUGAUUUGUUUUCUGCUCUUGCUGUAAUGAACAAGUGUUCACUAGUGUAGCAAAGGGGUGGAAAAUGUCAGGUGAAUUUCUGUUAAGUUUCCAGUAAAAUUCCAUCAGAAGUUAAGCUUGUAAAUUUUAGAAAUAUUUUAAAUUGGAAGCUUCCCGUUGGAAUUAACUCGAAAUUGAGGGGAAUUUAAUGAAAAAGCAUCAUAGUCAAGUCAAGCAGAAAUAUAUGUUUGUCAUAAGCACUAGGCAAAAUGCACUACUGUAUAAAACUUAACUUGGACUUUCUCUAAACUUACGAAUGUAUGUCCAAAUGUUUAGCUUCAGUAUUUUUUUGCACAACUUUCUGUUUUCUAAAGAGGAGCUGAACAGCAAAAUUCAGAACAGGUGUUUGAUCCAUAGUUAGACAUAAAUUCCCUGGUUCAAUAAGAGUUUGUACUUAAGCAGUCCUCUUCAUCUGUCUCUUCACGUUUUGACCUCAUGAGACCAAGACGACAACUAACAAUUGAUCAAUAGUACCUCGCCAGGCUUCAAACUGGAUGUUUUCAGAGGGAAGACUCUGUUGAGCUUAGCAGGUCACAGAGCAACAGCAGGUAGCAAAACAGAUACAGAGGGACUGGAAGAGUCACAGAAAGGCAUAGAAGUGGACGUCCGACAAACCCAAAUGCAAAAAUGUAUGAUUUGUUUUCACAUUUAUGAAUAGUUCAUCCUUGGUGGAGGUCUGCGCUCUACCUAGUGGUGUUUUGGCUUUGUCAAAUCUUCAAACUGUCAUGGUGGACUGAGACUUGUCUCAUGCAAUUUUUUUUACAUCUGCUUUUAUCUAUUAUAAAUGAAUAGUGGACAUCACACACAUCUGGUAAUUUUGCUUCUCUGCUUGAAUUCUCUCGUUAUUGCUCUCCAUUGGCCAGUAUGUUGAAAACAUGAUAAAUCCAGUUAGGGGGAGUAUAUGGGCGGCAGAUGCCACACAGGUGGGAUUGUUUGUCAUGCUGCUUUUCACCAGGCUGUUGGACAACAAUGGUCAGCGUGUGCGCUACCAUCGUCCGGUGGCAAACGUCCAUCUGGACUCCACGUUGACUGACCCCCAGUCAGCUCUGACUCCAUUGCUAAUAUUUUAAACAACCCGCAAAAGGGGGAAAAAAAUGCCUGCUGUCUUUGGAGCUUCAGGAGACAUUCCUGUUGGGAAAAUCAGCCACGCAUGUGUGUGUAUGCGUGCUUUGAAGAUCAAGGUCUUUUGGUUCCAUGUCUGCAUUGCAUGCUUCAUUUGAAUUGAUGACUCCUCUAUAACCCGCAGGACAUGUGAUCUGUGUGCUAAACGCUAACUCAGCUGCCGGCCGUGUGACUAAAAACAAAACACACCUUGAUCCUGUUUAGAAAAACAACCACAAAUCCAGUCUGUAAAAGCCAAAUGUGAUUUUAUUAGACACUUCAAUACCAUGGCAGACACUUCACCAUUUUUUUUAAUGCUGACAUUCAAUGUGUUUUAAUAAAUUAACGUUGAGCUACA